UGACAUCUGUCAAUAUUUCACAAUAAAAGUUGCACAUGUUUUGCACUGGAAUAUAAAUCUGGAUUUUGUCUGUAACCUUUUUAUUUUAUUUCUUUUUUAAAUCAAUAUUUUAUCGAUGGGCACCGCACCAAACACAAACUAUACCACCGACAUCAGUUUCGGGGAGAAUCUGAAAAUACUACAGCACAACGACCAGAUCUGCGAACUACAAACCAUAAUUCGAGACAAAAACACAACACGCAGUGAUUUUAAGUUUUACGCCGAUCGACUGAUCCGCUUAGUCAUCGAGGAAAGUCUUAACCAGCUACCAUAUUCUGUCUGCAAAGUGCAGACUCCGACUGGAGCAAUUUAUGAUGGUCUCAAAUAUCGGUCUGGCAAUUGUGGCGUUUCGAUUGUGCGGUCGGGUGAGGCAAUGGAACAAGGACUGCGGGACUGUUGCCGCUCGAUUCGAAUCGGGAAAAUUUUAGUCGAAUCAGAUGCAGAAACACACGUUGCCAAAGUUGUUUAUGCCCGAUUUCCAGACGAUAUUGCGCGAAGACAGGUCUUGCUCAUGUACCCAAUUAUGAGCACUGGCAAUACGGUUGUACAGGCGGUCAAUGUACUCAAGGAGCACGGUGUGCCAGAAGGUUGCAUAAUUUUGUCGAAUCUAUUCUGUACACCGAUGGCAGCGAAAACGAUAAUCUCAGCCUUUCCUGAAAUGAAAAUUCUGACAUCUGAACUGCAUCCAGUCGCUCCUAAUCACUUUGGACAGAGAUAUUUCGGAACGGACUGAGAGGCUGUGCUACACGCCGACUGCCGGUUUUAAUAUUUUUUUAAACUGUUUAAUGUUUCCAUCUAUUGUACGUAGACACAGAGAGAGAGAACCGGUAAAUUUGCGAAAUAUUUUUGAGUACGGAUUGUAAGUGAGAGAGUCAAUUCUAAUAGUUUUCUAACGCUUCGAUUGAUUAUGUCGUCGACUUGAACAUCGUAUCAGAAUGGUUCAAUUGGAAAUUAAUGUUUAUAAUAGCGGACGGUGUCCUACAAUUUAAUUAAAUGCGAAAAAUAUUUUUAAAUAAUAA